AGAUAUUGAUCCGCAAGUUUUUGCUACGGUGUCUAGCACGGAAGAAGAUGACAACAUCUUCACAUGCAUAUUAUAUACUCCACCUCUUUCAUUUAUUCCGAAAGUUAUUAUUAAUUGUAUUCAAUCUGAUUGUGAACAAAAAAAAGAAUAUUACCUUAAAAUUAGCUGGUUUGUUGUUGGAUAUGAUUUAAAUUUUAAUUCAGUUUUCGAUCCAGCACAUAGUUGUUUUCAAAGCGAUACAAAGCCAUGCUAUUAUUAUGAUUCUGUGUUCUCAUGUGAAGCACUCGGUAUACCCACAGGACACUCUAUGGUACUAUAUGGUAUUCCUGUAGUCUCAGAGUGGGAUCAUAGUUUCAAAUAUUCGAUCAUUGGUCAUCACUUUAAUAGAUAUGAUGAUGAAGUUCGUGUAGAUCUUUAUGGAUAUGAUUUAAGAAAGAAGGAAUAUUUAAAAAGUUCAGCAUUAAAUAAUUUCAGAUUCAAUAUUCUCUAUCCGUCCAGUCAUCCAAAUUCCGAUAUAUUUAAUUAUUUCAGA